AUGCGCGCUACUUGGAUUGUUGCAAUGUUGGAAAUAUGGAUAUCGUCCUUGGUCGAAAUUCGAACUGCACCAGCCACUUUGGAUGCCAUCUGCGAGGUUUCUGCACUGAAUUUUGCAAAGUCUAUGAUGGAUGGUAUAGGACCAUGGAAAAAGGUUUCUGAGCGCUAUGUAGAAACCAAGAAGGAUUUUGAGCAGUGGAAGUUGGAUUUUUUGCAGCUAUCGAACCCAACUGAUGAGGAAAAUAAUCGGUUCAAGGAAGACAUCGCUGCUGCAAUCAACGUGAUAGAAAAUCUGUUCAAAAGGAAAAUUUGGCAGCUUCAAGUGGCAACGGAGAAAUCAGAAGGCGGCAAAGGGCGCAGUUAUACUCAUCCUUUGCCCGAUCACAUCGCCAAAAUCGAUUUCAAGGAACUAGACAUUGAAUUUCUCUCAUCUAUCUUAGAAAUGGGAACAACUUGGAGUGAUUACCAAAGAGCAGACAAUCUAGAACAAAUAAGAACCAUAGGACAUUGGAACAGUCUUAUAAUCAAGUUGUUUAUUGAUUUGGAAGAGCUUGAACUCAUCAACAAUGAAAGUCUUGCUCACCUCAUACUUCAUUGUAAGUCAAAUUUUAUGAUUUUGUGA